GGAUUUGGAGGGAGGGACUUCAGCAUUUGCGGUACUCUACUCGUGCUUGUGUGUCGUGCUUGUGUGUGGGUGCGGGUAGUGUCGUUUUGUCGUUGAGGUUUGCACUCUCCCAGGCCAUGGAGGUGGGGCCAUCCACAAUCGUGUCUGGUGGUCUGGACAUGAGCGUUCCACAACCAAAUACGCGAUCUCGGUUUUGCAUCUCAGCAGCACCAUGAUACUUUCACCUCUCCUGCGUCGAAAUCUUCAAGAGUGGGGGUUUCCACCUGCACAAUUAAUAUCUAAUAGCGGCGCAGAAAGCGCACCUGUCCCGUCAGACGUCUUCAAACCAGUUGCAGAAUUUCUUCUCCUAAGAUUUGAACCUUCUUUGAAGAGAAUAUGCGACGACAGAGGAGUACCAGAUUCACAGAGGCUACCAUUUAUGGCGUCCUUGAUGGGACUUCGCGAUAAUUUGGAAACCGAAUUAUUUGAGGAUACAAGCAGGUUGGCAGAGCGUCAGCACUUUCUGGAAACUCUCUCCUCAAUGGUGCGGAUGAACGGCUCUAUAAAAAAUAAUACGGACGCAGAUGCUUCUCUCGAUACUGCGGAGCCGCGCAAGAGUGGGAUAUCAGUCAGUGCCAUAGAUCUAGAUACUCAGCUUGCUGAGGAUUGCCACUUGCUGGACAUUUUCUGCAACUCGCAUCUGCCUGUGGCCACUUCUACCGAAUGCAAUGUUUUUGAUAAAAAUGUCUUUAACGAAGCAGUUGGUAACGCUGCAAUUGAUGAAUUCGAUUCAUCAACACUGCGUCUUUUGAGCGACCGGAUAAGCAAUGAACAACAGACUCUGCGUCUCGCCACCGACGACCUGCAUGCCAAACAAAUAUUGGUUGACAGGGAUGCGCAGGAUUACUCUUCGCCAGAGUUUAUAUCCCAACUACAAGCGCUUGCUUUGAGUGUUACCGCACAAUUAACGCAAAUGGCAAGUCUUUUGGAAGUGGAGGUGAUGCCUUCGAAGGCAAACAGUCCUGGGAGCGUCAGAGCUGUACCAGGGCUCGGUCAAGCCGUGUCAGCAGCCCAUGCGCAGAACCACGUAUUUGAAAAGAUUCUACAUCAUGUGCAUGCGAUUAAGGAGUCCCACGAAGCGAGUUUGCAGGCACUGCAGGUUCUCGAGUCAAAUCAACUGUCGCCCGAUAAUUCCAUCGCAGAAUCCAGAUCACCGGGGACAAGCGCAGCUGUCGAAGAAUUGCUAUCGAGACUGCAAGAAUCUCUUUCUCUGCGGGAGGAGAUACUAGAUGAUAUGCGCAAGCUGGAGGGAAUGGCGCUGGAGGGAACGAGAACUGAGUCGCCAAUUCCGUUGUAAUUUUGUUAACUAGAGAUACUUAAAGCACGAGUAACUAGCUCAUGCUUAAUGUACAUUACUUUUGACCUGG